CAAAAUAGCCAGCCGUCGUUGGCACCUGGUCGAGUCGUCCUGGACGUCUUUCCGCCCCGACUCACAAGUCCGGACGGGUCACUGAGGCAAAAACCAACCUUAUCCAACGCUUACUCGCCACUAAUUGACGGUCCACGAGAAGGAGGCAGCGGCAAUGUUGCUGGCUCGAGAACUGUCCGACCUCGCUCCUCGUUCCUGUCGACCCUUGAUCAACACUUCCAGCUAUUUUUGAAGACGAUAUCACCAAACACAGGACCUUUGGGCCGUAUCAACUUUGACACUUUGGACAACACCAGCUUGACUCUGCUUCCUUCUGUCAGAUUAUUUGCCCGGUUGACAAGUCACCCGAUAGACCGAUCGGUCUGUCUUACCUUCAAUUUCAAACUUCCCCGCGACCAUAGGGAAUCCUUCAAAAAGUUGGUCCUCAAUGGAGCUUUAAGUAAGCAGUUUGCUGCCUUUUUUAUAUCAUAUGAUUUGCUAUCUCAAACUUCAUGA